AUGGCAGUUUUACUACAGAAUGAAUACCUCUUUGGAUAUCAGAACCUUGGUGUCUUUGUUAACGCUGAAGGAACUGCUGAGAGGGCUCCAAUAUAUCUUGAUGAAGAAGGCGUUAGAACCUUUGCGAGCGUUUCGUCGCAUAUCAUAUGCAUAACGCAGAAACAUCUACUCAUAUACAGCCUCAGUGACCAGAAGCAGAAGCAGAUCAUACCGUUCUCGUUCGGUCAUGCGUUGUUCAUAUACGGUCAUCGUCCCAUUAUCUCAUCUCGCCAUCAGGUUUAUGAGCUGAAACCCAUUUCCUGGGAAGAUCAGGUUACUGAGCUGCUGGAAGACAAAAAUGCGGACGAAGCUCUAAAGGUUGCUUUAAAUGCGCAGUCAGGCAUUGACAACAUUUGCAAGCAUGCAGAAAAAGUUAUUCUGAUUAAACAGCGUGUGGCCUUCUUAUAUUUGGAAUGCCAUCGUUGGAGCGACGCUUCAAAUCUUCUGAUUGUUACGCAGGUGGACCCAAGAGAGGUGAUUUCACUUUGCCCCGAUCUUCUACCAACAGUUACAACUUUUGUUAAAGCUUCGCCACCGUUGCACAAUAUCCCAUUCUUGUCAUUUAUUACGAAAGAUGAUGCGAAGAUCGAAGCUGAAUUCGAUCAGUUCCUCAUGAAUUAUCUCGUGGUUGUCAGGAAACGGAGUUACGGCAAGAAAUUCCUGCGAGAGCUGGACACGGCCUCAUUGAAAUUGCUUUCGAAGCAUGACUGUAUCUCACUGGAAAAGUUUCUUUAUGAAGAACGCUACUUCGAUGUCGAAAACUGUAUUCUUUGGUGUUUGAACAAAAAAGCUUAUCAUGCCGCCGCUUUGAUUUCUUGGAAAGAGAAAAAUUACGAUAAAGCAUUUUCGUUAUGGAAGAAAAUCAUUGAUGGGCACAUCGCUGAUGCUCAGUUUAAUUGCUUACAACAGAUCUAUCCUGUAUUACUCAAAUGCCCAGAUUUUUCCUUCCUCGUGAAAAAUUCCAACUGGUUUCUGCAUCAAGAUCCGGACAUGUUUCUUAAACUUGUAAUCGAAUCGCAGUCAACAAAGUCAGUAAAUCUUGACUCGGUCAUUUCUUUGCUCGCUCCUGACCCAGAUGUGCUCCUCAAAUUCCUUGAACACGUUUCGCAACAACGCUUUCAGGACGAAAAGGUGCUGAUGCGUAUAGCAGAAGUAUUCGUUAAACGCAUCGCUUUGUCAGAAGAAAGUGAAAGUGCCGAAGAAGUUCUGAACCUACGUCAACGGUACCGCAAAUUCCUUCUUUCCUCGACCUACAACACUGAUUCCGUGCUCCAGACUAUGAACGAUUGUUCGGUCAAGUUGUCAUAUGAAAAAGCAAUCGUCCUUGCCAGGAUGAAAAAGUAUCAGGAGGCACUGGAGAAUGUAAUAGAAACGGAUGGAUGUGAUGCAGCUGAAGAAUUUUGCGCUGCCUUUUGUCAAGAGUCGAAGAGCGCCAAGGAAAAUUUGCAAGUUACGCUUCUGAAGUUGUAUCUCACUCAAAAGAUGGAUGUUACAAGCGCGACGUCACGAGCAUUACGCAUUCUGAACACAUUGGAAACCGACACCUGCUUUGAUAAGGUUCUUGAACUUCUUCCUGACUACUGGUCAGUGGUUACAAUGAAAAGACUGAUUCUGAGUUCAAUGCAUAUGCUUCAGACCAAGAGUGUUCGUUCGUUACAAGUGCAGAACCUCACGCGUCGUAUCAACGUCGACCACUGCAGCGCUCGAAUGCGGCUUAGAGAAAAACUGAUUCGCCUAUCUGAUUUAAGGUAA